AUGACUAAAGUGUCACUGAUCGUGGCGGCACUGGUUCCCAAGUACGGAAUUGGCUACAAGGGCCAACUGCCGUGGGCGCUGAAGGAGGAAAUGCGGUAUUUUCGCAGAAUCACGACGCAAACGGCAGAUAAAAAUAAGAAGAAUGCCGUCGUGAUGGGCAGAAAAACCUGGGAAUCGAUCCCAGAACGGUUCCGUCCUCUUAAGGGAAGAGUCAAUGUGGUCUUGACGCGUGAUGUGAGCUCCUUUUUGGGCAGAUAUUCCGAGGAAGUGGAGAAACAUGGUGAUGAUGUCAAAGUAGCAGACGCUUUAAGAAGUGCGCUCCAGACGCUGGACAUGGACAUCAUCGAGGAGGUUUUCGUCAUUGGUGGAGCAGAACUCUAUAAUGACGUACUUCGAACCACGCCAGAGCUGGUCGAUAGGCUACUUGUUACAGAAGUCAGGACGGAGAAAGAAUUAGAAAUGGACGCCUUUAUCAACAUCGGGGCACUCUGGAGAAAGCAGGAUCCACAUGUCUGGAAGUCGUACCUGGCCAGCAAAGGGCUGGCAAACGAGUUCUCGCAAGAUAAUUACGAGGCUGACUUCCGGUUCAGCUACCAUAUAUAUGCUAGGUGUUAG